AUGAUGGAAGACUUCAAUCAGCGCUUCCAAAACGUCGGCCGUGAGAGGGCGGCAUGUCUCAAAGCAAUUGGAGACCUACUUCGUGCACGCGGAAAAUCACUCAACGACUACGGUCUACCCAAUCCAGACGACAAUCUACUGGAACCGGAUCAAGACGACCAAAUGUUCGGUGCAAUAGACGCGGUUGUUGCUUGGCAACAACGAUUGCGCGACUUGAACGACGAACAGCGAACGGUGUACGAUCGAGUGAUGGCGGCCGUUGACGACAACCGCAACGUCCAGAAAAUGUUCUACGUCGACGGGCCAGGAGGCACGGGAAAAACGACUCUAUACGGAUGCCUAAUAUCGUCGCUUCGUAAUAGACAACAAACGGUGUUGAGCGUGGCAUACACUGGGAUCGCCGCAUCCCUCAUGGAGGGCGGCAUGACGGUACACUCGACUUUCGGAUUGCCAUUGGGAACGCUGACCGAACAAUCUACUUCAAGCAUCACCAUGCAGUCUUUGCGGGCGCAGAGGAUACGUGAAGCUUCGCUGAUUGUCUGGGACGAAGCGCCCAUGUCCCCGGGCCUACAAUUCACGGUGGUCGAUCGUUUGCUCAAGGACAUCAUGGGAUCGGCACUACCGUUUGGUGGUAAACCAAUACUGUUAGCUGGCGACUUCAGGCAGAUAUUGCCCGUCGUUCGCCGAGGGAACAGGAGCUCCAUCGUCAUGUCAUCUAUCAAACGCCACUCAUUGUGGAGAGAGUUUGAACAGUUUCGGCUGACGCGGAACAUGCGGAACAUCAUCUUACCCGCUGUUUCGAUGACUUCCGGUGAGGAAGACGAUUUGCCUUUUCGAAUGAAGCGGAUUCAAUUCCCGGUACGGUUGUCGUUUGCCAUGACAAUCAACAAGUCUCAGGGUCAAACCGUUCAGGGUUCAACCGAGUCGGUUUGCUCCUGCCGUCACCCGCCUUCAGCCAUGGACAGUUGUACGUUGCGUUUUCAAGAGUGA